AUGAACAAACUAAUUGAAUUGUAUCAUCUUAAUGAUGAGGAGAUGGAAUAUGAAUUGGCCUUGCGCCAUGUUACAAAUCUAGCCCCAUGCUCUAGAAGAGCUAGGGUGGUCAAGUUAAAAGCCCUUGUCCAAGAGGACACCCUUAGAGACACCAUUUAUGUUAAUUCGGAACACGUAAUGUCGCCGGAGUUGAACAUCGAGGUCUGCCAGAGGGCAGUUGUUGAAUUGAGGAAUCAGGUCGAUUUAGCUACCCAGAAUAGAAACGCCGAUCAAAUGGCUUGCGCGAAAUCGAGAUUGCUUCAUUACCGGCAAAGAUUAUCACUGAUUCCAGUGGUCGCGAGUUUAGAGGAAACGCGUAGGGUCGUGUGUGAGCUUGUAGAGACGCUGCUAGCUCAGAUAGAGUGCGUGAACAGUGCAGUCAAUAUGGUGCUAAGUGAAACAGAAAACACUAGCCUUUCAACUAGUGUCCCAACCAUCCAGGCAGAGAACAGUAGCAGUAGGGAUGCCUGCGAUGCGUUGACGAUUCCACCGAGGCCACAAGCAGCCGGAAAUGAUGAAGGAGCACGAGCACGGAUGCAAGAAGCGGAUGUCGAGCCGUCUUCUCUUCCAUUCCAAGGAGGCAGACAAGGACAGAGGGACUCGGAGGAAGUAAUCAUCCGGAGGUCGGGUAGUUCGGCUGGUCUGGCUGCUGUGAACGUUCUGGACGAACUGCGGUUCGACAUUCAACAACGACAAAGGAGGCAGCAGCAGUUGAACGACAGCUUUACAAACCGAAGUGGUAGCAACUACGACAGGCGGAUGCAGAAGGCGAUUCACAAUUGGCCUUUCAAGUUCCGAGGCGAAAAGGACACCACGUCCCUCAACAUUUUCUUGGACCGGCACCUGUUGCUUGAAGACGCCCUCGACUGGUACUCAAGAGCACUUGCCCAACGUCGCCUGUAUUCCUGGCAAGCAUUCAAGCAAGAAAUUCGACGGGAAUUCCUGCCUAGCGGGUAUGCUCAGAUCCUGAGGUUGGAAGCCAGCUUCCGUUUUCAAGGUGCCAACGAAACGUUCGAUAAGUUUUUCCGUGACAUCUCUACACUAUUCCGCUUCAUCGAUCCACCACUUACGGAAGAGGAGAAGUUGUUCAUAGUCAAGAAAAAUAUGAACAUGGACUAUGCAACAAUAGUAACGGCCGCUCAGCCAAAGACACUAAUGGACCUGGUCAACGUCUGCAGCAACUUCGACGAAACAAGGCUAUUGCUGAACCAGCAGCGCAGAAUUCCAAUUCCGCACAACCACUUACUAGAACCGAACUUCGCAACACCAGCAACAACAAGUCGGUCUCAGCAACACCAGCAGCAGCGUUUCGGGAGAUUGCAAGCAGUGGAGGCGGACGAGCAGUUGUAUGGAGCCACAUCAUACUCAGCACCAUCGCAUCGGCUUCCAAUACAACAGCCACGCCUCAACAGAGUACAUGCGGUGGAGAACGAGGCCCAGCAAGGUGCGGCUUCAACGUCAGCUAUUCAAACUGAAGCAGAUCCAGUGGAUCCAGAAGAUGCAAACGGUUUGCAAGGGGACUUCAACCAGCUGUACGAGCAAGUUUGUGCCAUGAAGCUUCAACUGGAGCGCAGAUCGAAUCGUUUCAAUACAGGACCACAGCAGCAACACUCUCAACAACGACCGGAACAGCGUCAGCAACUGCCUACAACUUCGGCAGGUCAGAACAAUUUGCGAAGCGGAAAACGCCGCAGCGAGGAGGUGGUAGAUGGAGGGCCAGAUUCUUCGCAACACAGCUAUCAACCUUCAAUACCUCCCGACUUACUAGACAUCAACUCUAUCAUUAUCAAUCCCGGACAUGACAAUCGUCCACACGCCGUUUUGGACGUUCUUGGAAAGAAAGUUACAGCUUUGUUGGACAGUGGUGCAAACUGUUCUUUGUUAGGUGGCAGUAAAGCACAGAUUGUAGAAGAGCUUGGACUACGAAAAGAAGCACUGAGCGGUGGGAUCAAGACAGCGGACGGAACGCCACACCAGAUCAAUCACUUCACACGUCUGCCAAUAUCGUACAACAACCGAAGCGAAAUUUUGCCGGUUCUACUCGUGCCUAGCCUGCCAGAUUGCGCUAUCAUGGGCAUGAACUUCUGGCAAACGUUUGGCGUCAAGGCAGUGUGCUUCUCGAUAAUGAGCAGUGAAAUUGAACAAGAUGCAGAACCUAUGAAGGCGCUUUCACCAGAACAGCAAAAGCGACUAGACCAAGUGGUACACAUAUUUCCGAAGGCAGAAGAUGGUAAACUAGGUAGGACGCAGAUCUACGAACAUCAAAUCGACGUCGGGAAUGCGCCACCAAGGAAACAACGGUACUACCCAAUGUCGCAGUACGUCCUAGCGGAAGUUAAUAAAGAAGUCGACCGAAUGCUAUCCCUAGACGUGAUCGAAGAAGCAGUGUUCUCACCGUGGAACAAUCCACUGGUAGCGGUGAAGAAGAAAGAUGGCAGAUACCGGGUAUGUUUAGACGCAAGACACCUGAACUCAAUCAUGGUGAACGAAGGUUAUCCGAUACCGCAGAUCUCCGCAAUCAUCAAUAACCUCGGAGGAUGCUCGUACAUAUCUUCAAUUGACUUGAAGGAUGCCUUCUGGCAAAUGCCGCUCCAACAAAAGUCACGACCCUUAACAGCAUUCACGGUACCAUCCCGUGGUCACUACCAAUUUAAGGUUGUUCCUUUUGGCAUCUGUACGGCAAGUCAAGGACUCGCAAGACUAAUGACACAUCUUUUCGCGGACAUGGAGCCAUUCGUCUUUCAUUAUUUGGACGACAUUAUUAUCUGCUCCAAAACGUUUGACGAACACGUAGCAGUUCUUCAGGAAGUGGCAACCAGACUACGUCAGGCGAAUCUCACCAUUUCUCCGGAAAAAUCCAAGUUCUGUCGCCAACGCAUAAAAUAUUUGGGCUACGUUCUCAGUGAAGGAGGAUGGAGGGUCGACGAGGAAAAGGUGGAGAGCAUCGUCAAAUUUCCAGUUCCAAAUACACGAAAGGAGGUUCAAAGAUUCCUAGGCUUAUGCGGAUGGUAUCGACGCUUCAUUCCGGAGUUUUCACGAAUUGCUGCACCAAUCACGGAACUCACGAAAGCCAAGAUCAAAUUUCGAUGGACAACAGCAGCAGAAGAAGCUUUUCUCAAACUCAAGUCAGCUCUAGUCACCGCGCCAGUACUUGCGAUGCCGGACUAUACAAAACCGUUCUCAAUAGCAUGCGACGCUAGCGAUGUCGCGAUUGGUGCUGUAUUGACGCAGGACAUCGAGGGAGAAGAACACCCGAUCAGUUAUUUUUCCCAGAAGCUAUCUUCGUCGGAGCGAAAAUACACAGUUACAGAAAAAGAGUGCUUAGCAGUUAUUCGUGCGAUAGAAAAGUUUCGUGGGUAUAUAGAAGGGGUACGUUUCGUCGUCUACUGUGACCAUUCCGCCCUCAGCUACCUGAAAACUUUAAAGAACCCCACAGCUUUGAUGAGCAGAUGGCUUUUGAGACUCAACGCGUUCGACUUCGAAAUCAGGUACCGGAAGGGCAGCUGCAACACCGUACCAGAUGCGCUAUCCAGAGUAGUCUGUUCGCUAGUGUUUUCAAUAUCCGAGGAGAAUGAUCCAUGGUACAAGAACAUCGUCAAGCAGGUGGAAAGGAAAGGCGAUAAAUAUCCCGAUUUCCGUAUCGCGAACAACGAGCUCUACAAAAAUUGUCAUUGUAAGGAUGAGGCUGGUUUAAUCACGCAUCGAUGGAAGAAAGUUGUUCCGGAAAACCACCGAGCAGAACUCAUUCGUCGAUAUCACGACGCACCAUCAGCAGCGCAUCUAGGAUUCCAGAAGACGUGGCACAAACUACAGCAGCACUAUUACUGGCCGAAGAUGCAGGACAACGUCGCCCGUUACGUCAAAGCAUGCACUACGUGCAAGGCUAGUAAAGCGCCCAAUAUAAGAAUGAUGCCGCAGAUGGGGAAGCUCAAGCCAGCAAAGGUACCGUGGGAGUUAAUAUCCAUUGACUUCGUCGGGCCGCUCACCAGAUCUAAGAAGGGCAACACAGCUCUUCUGGUCAUCGUCGAUUGGAUCACCAAAUACGUCAUUGCUCACCCGAUGCGAGCAGCCGAUUCAACCAAGAUGGUCGAGUUUCUCGAGGAAAAGGUAUUCCUGAAGUUCUCCAGGCCAAGGAUUAUAUUAUCAGAUAACGGCAAGCAGUUCGAGUCGCAGGUGUUUCGAGCGCUGCUAAGCCGUCACAACAUCAUCCAUAUGAAGACCGCUUUUUACGCACCGCAGGUCAACAACGCCGAGCGAGUGAACAGAGUUCUAAUCACUUGUGUUCGAUCGUUGUUGGAAGAAGAUCAUCGAGAGUGGGACAAGAACCUGGCCGCCAUCACCGCAGCCAUCAACAGUGCGAAGCACGAAUCAACCGGAGUCAGCCCGCACUUCGCCAACUUCGGAAGGGAACUUCUGUUGCACACGGACCUCUACACUCUGCAGGACUUAAACGUGUCGGACGAUCCAAAGGUCGCGCAGGAGAUGCGGCUAUCCACGAUCAACAGGAUUCACAAAUUCAUCCAACAGCGGAUCAAGAAGACCCACGAGAAGACAAAGAAGCGCUACGAUCUACAAAAGCGGACUGUGUCCUUUCAACCGGGCGAGCUAGUAUGGCGCCGCUCGUUUGUUCUUUCUUCGAAGGCGGACCAUAUCAACAAGAAACUGGACCCCAAAUUUAUUCCAGCUAUCGUUAAAGAAAAGCUGGGAGCCAAUCUCUACACUCUGGAGGAUGUCGUCACCGGAAAGCGAGGUCGCUACCACGUGAAGGACAUCAAACCAGACUAA